AUGCACUAUGACUUUUCAGGAGGGAAGCUUACCAGAGGCAGUGUUUCUCCAACUUUACUGGACUACCAAGCCUUUUCAACUUGCAGGAGCCUCCAGGAAAACCAAGGGCAAGACCCGCAGGCUGGAGCGCAACCUGAGCCGGCGCGCCCGCCAGCACUCACCGGGCGCAGGCCAGCGCGGAUCCACGGAGGGCGCAGAGACCCGGGCGGCAUUGAUGGAGGGCGCAGAGACCCGGGCGGCAUUGAUGGAGGGCGCAGAGACCCGGGCGGCAUUGAUGGAGGGCGCAGAGACCCGGGCGGCAUUGAUGGAGGGCGCAGAGACCCGGGCGGCAUUGAUGGAGGGCGCAGAGACCCGGGCGGCAUUGAUGGAGGGCGCAGAGACCCGGGCGGCAUUGAUGGAGGGCGCAGAGACCCGGGCGGCAUUGAUGGAGGGCGCAGAGACCCGGGCGGCAUUGAUGGAGGGCGCAGAGACCCGGGCGGCAUUGAUGGAGGGCGCAGAGACCCGGGCGGCAUUGAUGGAGGGCGCAGAGACCCGGGCGGCAUUGAUGGAGGGCGCAGAGACCCGGGCGGCAUUGAUGGAGGGCGCAGAGACCCGGGCGGCAUUGAUGGAGGGCGCAGAGACCCGGGCGGCAUUGAUGGAGGGCGCAGAGACCCGGGCGGCAUUGAUGGAGGGCGCAGAGACCCGGGCGGCAUUGAUGGAGGGCGCAGAGACCCGGGCGGCAUUGAUGGAGGGCGCAGAGACCCGGGCGGCAUUGAUGGAGGGCGCAGAGACCCGGGCGGCAUUGAUGGAGGGCGCAGAGACCCGGGCGGCAUUGAUGGAGGGCGCAGAGACCCGGGCGGCAUUGAUGGAGGGCGCAGAGACCCGGGCGGCAUUGAUGGAGGGCGCAGAGACCCGGGCGGCAUUGAUGGAGGGCGCAGAGACCCGGGCGGCAUUGAUGGAGGGCGCAGAGACCCGGGCGGCAUUGAUGGAGGGCGCAGAGACCCGGGCGGCAUUGAUGGAGGGCGCAGAGACCCGGGCGGCAUUGAUGGAGGGCGCAGAGACCCGGGCGGCAUUGAUGGAGGGCGCAGAGACCCGGGCGGCAUUGAUGGAGGGCGCAGAGACCCGGGCGGCAUUGAUGGAGGGCGCAGAGACCCGGGCGGCAUUGAUGGAGGGCGCAGAGACCCGGGCGGCAUUGAUGGAGGGCGCAGAGACCCGGGCGGCAUUGAUGGAGGGCGCAGAGACCCGGGCGGCAUUGAUGGAGGGCGCAGAGACCCGGGCGGCAUUGAUGGAGGGCGCAGAGACCCGGGCGGCAUUGAUGGAGGGCGCAGAGACUCGGGCGGCGAGGCCCUGCUGCUGUCCCGGAGCGCGGGCCCCACAGGCGGGCGGCUGGUCUGA